AUGGGCGGCUGGCCUGGAGCUCUGAGCCAGGCGCGUGCCAUGGCCCCACACUGGGCUGGCUGGCUGCUGGCUGUGGGGCUGUGGGGCCUGGGCUUCGGGGCUGAGAUGUGGUGGAACCUGGUGCCCCGGAAGACGGUAUCUUCUGGGGAGCUGGCCCCGGUGGUGCGGCGCUUCUCCCAGACGGGCAUUCAGGACUUCCUGACGCUGACCCUGACCGAGCAGACCGGGCUGCUGUACGUGGGGGCCCGGGAGGCCCUGUGUGCCUUCAGCGUGGAGGCUCUGGAGCUGCAAGGAGUGAUCUCGUGGGCAGCUCCUGCGGAGAAGAAGACCGAGUGUGUCCAGAAAGGGAAGAACAACCAGACGGAGUGUUUCAACUUCAUCCGCUUCCUACAGCCGUACAACGCGUCCCACCUGUACGUGUGCGGCACCUACGCCUUCCAGCCCAAGUGCGCCUACAUCGACACGGGCACCUUCACCUUGGAGCGCGGAGCCUUUGAGGACGGGAAGGGGAAGUGCCCCUAUGACCCCGCCAAGGGCCACACCGGCCUCCUUGUGGAUGGCGAGCUGUACUCGGCCACGCUCAACAACUUCCUGGGCACAGAGCCCAUCAUCCUGCGCAACAUGGGGCCCCACCACCCCAUGAAGACAGAGUACCUGGCCUUCUGGCUCAACGAACCUCACUUUGUGGGCUCCGCCUACGUCCCGGAGAGCGAGGGGAGCGUGACCGGGGACGACGACAAGGUGUACUUCUUCUUCAGCGAGCGGGCGCUGGAGUACAACUGCUACACGGAGCAGGUGGUGGCGCGCGUGGCCCGCGUCUGCAAGGGGGACGUGGGCGGCGCGCGGACCCUGCAGAAGAAGUGGACCACCUUCCUGAAGGCGCACCUGGUGUGCUCGGCCCCCGGCCGCCACCUCUACCUCAGCCACCUGCAGGCGCUGCACACCCUGCGGGGCGCCUCCUGGCGCAACACCACCUUCUUCGCGGUUUUCCGGGCGCGAUGGGGCGACGUGGACCUGUCCGCUGUGUGCGAGUACCAGUUGGAGGACAUUCAGAGGGUGUUCGAGGGUCCCUACAAGGAGUACCACGAGCAAUCCCAGAAGUGGGGCCGCUACACCGACCCCGUCCCCACCCCACGGCCGGGCUCGUGCAUCAACAACUGGCACCGCCACCACGGCUACACCAGCUCUCUGGAGCUGCCCGACAACACCCUCAACUUCAUCAAGAAGCACCCCCUGCUGGAGGAGCAGGUGAAGCCCCUCAGGGGCCGGCCCCUGCUCGUGAAGAAGGACACCAACUUCACCCACCUGGUGGCAGAUCGGGUCCCGGGGCUCGAUGGAGCCUCCUACACAGUGCUGUUCAUUGGCACAGGAGACGGCUGGCUACUUAAGGCUGUGAGCCUGGGGUCCUGGGUCCACCUGAUCGAGGAGCUGCAGGUGUUUGACCAGGAGCCGGUGAAGAGCCUGGUCCUGUCCCGGAGCAAGAAGCUGCUGUUUGCCGGCUCGCGCUCUCAGUUGGUUCAGCUGCCCGUGGCCGACUGCGCGAAGUACCGCUCCUGUGCCGACUGCAUCCUCGCCCGGGACCCCUACUGCGCCUGGAACGUCAACGCCAGCCGCUGUGUGGCUGCGGGCGGCCCCUCCGGAUCCCUGCUGGUCCAGCAAGUGAGGAUCUCGGACACCUCGGGCAUGUGUAACUUCCGCGGCAGUAGGAAAGUCCGGCUCACGCCCAAGAACAUCACGGUGGUGGCGGGCACCGACCUGGUGCUGCCCUGCCGCCUGUCUUCCAACCUGGCCCACGCCCGGUGGACCUUCGGGGGCCGGGACCUGCCUAUGGAACAGCCUGGCUCCUUCCUCUACGACGCCCGCCUCCAGGCCCUGGUGGUGAUGGCGGCCCAGCCCCGCCACGCCGGCGCCUACCACUGCUUUUCCGAGGAGCAGGGCGCGCGGCUGGCCGCCGAAGGCUACCUGGUGGCCGUGGUGGCCGGCUCCGCGCUGACCCUGGAGGCGCGGGCGCCCCUGGAGAACCUGGGGCUGGUGUGGCUGGCCGUGGUGGCCCUGGGCGCCGUGUGCCUGGUGCUGCUGCUGCUGGUGCUGUCGCUGCGCCGCCGGCUGCGGGAGGAGCUGGAGAAAGGCACCAAGGCGGCGGAGAGGACCCUGGUGUACCCUCUGGAGCUCCCCAAGGAGCCCGCCAGCCCCCCCUUCCGCCCCGGCCCCGACACUGACGAGAAGCUCUGGGACCCCGUUGGCUACUACUACUCGGACGGCUCCCUCAAGAUCGUGCCCGGACACGCCCGGUGCCAGCCCGGGACGGGGCCCCCCUCCCCGCCCCCGGGCAUCCCCGGCCAGCCCCUGCCGUCCCCGACUCGGCUCCACCUGGGGGGUGGGCGGAACUCGAAUGCCAACGGCUACGUGCGCUUACAGCUAGGCGGGGAGGACCACGGCGAGGGGCUGGGGCACCCCUUGCCCGAGCUGGCGGACGAAAUGAGGCGCAAACUCCAUCAGCGCCAGCCCCUACCGGACUCCAAUCCCGAGGAGUCCUCGGUAUGA